GCUCAGAAACAUGCUAAGUGAAGGAAGCCAGAAACAAAAGGUCACGUGUAUGAUUCCAUUUAUAUGAAAUGUCCAGAAUAGGUAAACCCAUACAGACAGAAAGCGGACUGGUGGUUGCCAAGACCCGGGAGGGAGGGGGAAAUGGGCCGUAAGUGCUUCACGGAGUUGGCUGUCCUUCGGAGUGAUCGAAAUAUUUUGGAAAUAGCAGAAUAGUGCUUGCACAACAUUGUAAAUUUACUAAACGCCACUGAAUUAUUCACCUUAAAACGGUCCAUAUUACAUUACGUGAAUUUCACUUUAAUUACAAAAAGAAAGAGAAACGCUAGCGUUUAUGCAGGCAGAGGGCAGGAUGGGGACGCUCCUCCCGGGCGGCCUCGUUGCUGGCAGCGCUUCCGCCCCCCGGCGCCCCAGUCAGUACGGCGCCCGGCGAAUCUGGAGGGCGAAGCUGCGGUGGAGCAAUCACAAUAGGACUGUCAGAGAGGAGGCGAGCCGGGAGGAAGAUGGAAAGGCGGGUGGCAGCCUCAUCUCUGGACUCCACUGCCGCAGCCCGGUCAAGCCGCUCCGCCCAGGCUCAAAUCGGACUCCUAACUCCGCUGGGUGCCUGAGACGACGCGGCAGGCGGAGGGGUGGUACUGAGGGGACGGGGACGCGGCGGGCGGGUGGGGCAGCCUCCCGCCUGGGCACGCUUCCACGCCAGACUUGACACGAAGGAAACCGGAACCUCUCUGCCGGGGGUGCCAGUUUCCGGAAGCAGCUUGAGUCUGGACGCCAACGUCGGCGACGCUGGGAAGCAGACUUCCGGCGCCAUAUAGUUUCACCAGGUAUCUGCGGCGAGCUAGCGGCGGCGGCGGCGAUGAGACAGAAGCACUACCUUGAGGCUGCAGCGCGGGGACUGCACGACAGCUGCCCGGGCCAAGCCCGCUAUCUCCUUUGGGCCUACACUUCGUCGCACGAUGAUAAGAGCACUUUUGAAGAAACGUGUCCAUACUGUUUCCAGUUGUUGGUUCUGGAUAACUCUCGAGUGCGUCUCAAACCCAAAGCCAAGUUGACACCCAAAAUACAGAAACUUCUUAAUCGAGAAGCGAGAAACUAUACACUCAGUUUUAAAGAAGCGAAAAUUGUGAAAAAGUUCAAAGACUCCAAAAGUGUAUUGUUGAUCACUUGUAAAACAUGCAACAGAACAGUGAAACAUCAUGGUAAAAGUAGAAGCUUUCUAUCAGCAUUGAAGAGCAAUCCUGCCACUCCUACAAGUAAACUCAGCCUGAAGACACCAGAGAGAAGGACUGCAAACCCAAAUCCUGACAUGUCUGGUUCCAAAGGCAGGAGUCCAGCAUCGAUUUUCAGAACACCUACGUCUGGACAGUCCGUAUCUACUUGCUCCUCAAAGAAUACAAGCAAAACAAAGAAACACUUCUCUCAACUGAAAAGGUUACUUAGUCAGAAUGAGUCCCAAAAGAAUCCAAAGGUGGACUUCAGAAAUUUCUUAUCUUCUCUGAAGGGUGGACUUUGAAAAUAAGAAGUGCCUGAUGUCAAUUCUGAAACUAAAGUAAAACAACUUUUUAAACUUUUAGUUUUUGAAUACGUGGAAACUAGAUCUGAAUGCAAACUUUUCUUGGCAUCCUUCAGUGUUUAUGGGGAAAGUACCUCAUUAGUAUGAAUACCUGAAACCUGCCUACCUCAUAGGACGGCUGUGAGGAUCAAAAAAUAUAUGAAAGUUCCUUGUAGAUAUAUAUCUAUAGAUAUGUAUGUGUAUGUAUAUAAAGAUAUAUGUGUACACUGA